AUGCUCGCUCGCAAGGCUAAUAGUAUCCUUAAAGCUUCCACAAUAUGUAAAGCUGUACGAAAUGUGGGGUCAUUCAACUAUAAGGAUGCUUUCGAUUUCAACGCACAGCUUACUGAGGAUGAACAAGCUUUGAUGGAGUCCACUAGAAGCUAUUGUCAACAGAGCCUCUUGCCCAGAGUAACUGAAGCUUACAGAACAGAGGACUUUGACAAGACUCUCAUACCUGAGAUGGGUAAGAUGGGAUUACUCGGAGCUCCUUAUCAGGGUUACGGUUGCGCAGGAGUUUCAACUGUUGGGUAUGGGUUAAUCGCUAGAGAAGUUGAGCGCGUUGAUUCUGGUUACCGUUCUACCAUGAGUGUACAAACAAGUUUAGUUAUCGGACCCAUUUACAACUAUGGUUCUGAGGAACAGAAAGAAAAAUACAUCCCAGGACUCGCUAGUGGAGAACAAAUUGGAUGUUUUGGCUUAACCGAGCCAAACCACGGCUCAAAUCCAGCUGGUAUGGAAACAGUAGCAAAGUGGGAUGAAAAAACCAAAACUUAUCGUUUGUCUGGAACAAAAACGUGGAUUUCAAACAGCCCUGUAGCUGAUGUUAUGAUAGUUUGGGCUCGUAGUGAUAAGCACAACAAUGCCAUUAAAGGAUUCAUCCUGGAACGUGGUAUGGAAGGAUUGACCACUCCAGUUAUUAAAGGAAAGUUGUCUCUCCGUGCCUCCGUAACCGGACAAAUUGCCAUGGAUGAAGUUCCCGUACCUGAAGCCAAUCUCUUGCCUAAGGUCCAAGGUCUUGCCGGACCUUUUGGUUGCCUAAAUAAUGCUCGUUUGGGAAUCGCAUUCGGAGCUUUGGGAGCUGCUGAAGAAUGCUUCCAUCUUUCUAGAGCUUAUGCCCUUGAAAGAAUGCAAUUUGGAAAACCUUUGGCCCAAACUCAAUUGAUUCAAUUGAAGUUCGCUGAUAUGAUUACUGAGAUCACCUUGGGACUUCAAGCUUGCCUUCGUGUUGCUAGACUGAAAGAUGAGGGAACAGUGCUCGCUGAGCAAAUAUCAUUGGUAAAGAGAAAUUCAUGUGGAAAGUCAUUGGAGAUUGCAAGAAAGGCUAGAGAUAUUCUAGGAGGAAACGGAAUCUGUGAUGAAUACCACAUUAUCCGUCACAUGAUCAAUUUGGAGACAGUCAAUACUUAUGAAGGAACCCAUGACAUUCAUGCUCUCAUCUUGGGAAGAGCUGUCACUGGACUUCAAGCAUUCCAGUAA